AUGACCAAAGAAACUCCACCAGCUGCAGAGGAACAGGAGGAAGAAGGAGAGCAGGUGGAAUCAGAGACUGAGAACAUUGAAGGUGAUUUGGAAGAGCAAGAUAAUAGCGAACAGAUAUCAAAAAGUCCUCAGAAGGCAGAAAAGAAAAUCUCAGAAACUUUCUUCUAUAACUAUGAAGAUAUACAUUCACGGCCAUUUGUCACUGAAGACUCUGGGAUACCUGUUAACCUUCUUACUCUUAAAUAUUCUUUUGGAUACGACUUCAGCAGAAGUGUAAACCUGCUGCCCAUCGAUAACCAAACCCUGAUGUAUAUAGCAGGCAACCACAUCGUGCUCCUGGACUUGCAAACUCAAUCUCAACGUUAUCUCCGGAGCAGUGGUGGUGGUGGAAUUGGGUUUAUCACGGCACACCCUACUAAGCAGUACUUUGCAGCAGGAGAAAAAGGGAAGAAGCCAAACCUCAUAAUCUAUGAUUAUCCUUCACUCAGGCCCUACAGGAUACUGCGAGGUGGAACAGAGGAAGCCUAUGUUUUUGGUGAUUUCAGCAAUGCUGGCACUUUACUGGCCAGUGUUGGGAGCAGCCCUGACUACAUGCUGACUAUCUGGGACUGGAAACAAGAAAAGAUAGUGUUGAGGUCAAAAGCUUUUUCACAGGAUGUUUACAGGGUCUCAUUUUCCACCUAUAAUGAAGAUCAACUCAUUACAUCUGGAUCAGGACACAUUAGGUUCUGGAAGAUGGCUCUCACAUUCACUGGUCUGAAGUUACAAGGAGCUUUAGGCAGAUUUGGAAAAACUGCAGUAACUGACAUUACAGGUUAUGUGGAGCUGCCUGAUGGGAAGGUUAUCUCCGGGUCUGAGUGGGGCAACUUGCUGCUUUGGGAAGGGGACCUCAUUAAAGCAGAGCUCUGCCGAGCUAGACAGAAGCCCUGUCACAGUGGUCCUGUCAGCCAGUUAGUUCUGGAGAAAAGAGAACUUGUCACCAUUGGAAAAGAUGGCUUCAUUCGGGUGUGGAACCUCAAAUUAAUAGAAGCUGCUGAUUCUGUGGAUGACACAGGGUUACUGGAAAUAGAGCCUAUGAAUGAACUUCAGGUUGGCAGGAAUGUCAGUCUGAGUUUCAUGGCAAAAGCUUAUGACAAUGGACAGCCUGUUUGGUAUGCUCAGGACACCAGUGGAAUAAUCUGGAAGCUGGAUUUGUCUUUUCGAAAUAUAACCCAGGAUGCAGAGUGCCUGUAUACUUUUCAUUCUGGAAGGAUUGAGGCCAUGAGUGUUUCUCCCAUUACAUACCUCAUGGCCACUACUGCUCUUGACCGAACAGUUCGUAUCUAUGAUUUCAUCAGCAAUAGACAAAUGAGUGAAAUGAAGUUCACACAAGGAGGAACAGCACUGACGUGGGCACCUACUGUGGUAAAUCCUGAAGGAAGUAUAAUUGCUGUGGGCUUUGAAGAUGGAGUUGUCCGCAUAGUUGAAGUUUAUGAUCCCAAAGGACUGCCUGUUCUUGCAGAAUACAUCAAUACAGAGAAUGCAGAGAUAAAUCUGAAACAAGCUUUCAAACCUCAUACUGCUGCAGUUACUGCCCUGGCAUAUGAACAAAAUGGAAAUGUGCUUGCUACAGGGAGUAAAGACAACACUGUUUUCUUUUUUGCUAUUGAGGAUCAAUAUGAGCCAAUCGGAUUCAUCUAUGUCCCUGGGCCUGUGCAGGCAUUACAGUGGUCUCCACCUUCUCAAGUGAAGAGCACUCUGCUCAUCCUUUGUGAGAAUGGCUUUGCUCUACAGGUUCCUGCCCCUCUCCCUGAAGAACAGGAUACAUCGUCCACCUAUCAAAUAAAAAACUUGCCCACGCAGUACUUCCGUUUUUCUAGUAUAAAAUCUCGAAUCAAGCUGGAAGAGGAGAUUGCACUAAGAGAGAAAAAAAAGCAGGAAAAGGAGAAAGCAAAGCUUGAAUGGAUAAAGCAGCAACUGGAGAUGGGAAGGGAGAUAGAACAAGAAUCUGGAGAGGAACCUGAAGAAGAGCCAUUGCCACCUCUCUACAUACCAGAGGAGCCCUGUCCCAUCCUCUGUGGAUUUUAUUCAUCCCCAGGAAAAUUUUGGCUUUCCUUGGGUGGGUAUGACUCAGGGUUCCUCUAUCAUUGUGAAUUCUCAAAUGGUCACCAAGGAGACCCUGAAAACAGGAAAGAUGAACCCUUUGAAGUGAUUCCUAUUGAGGACACUGACAACAAUCCCAUCCAACAAAUCUCCUUCAGUACCAGCAGACAACUGAUGUUCUGUGGGAUGCAGAAUGGUGCACUGCGUGUUUACCCUCUCCAAGAUAAAGACGUCUCAGUGAAUACCCUGAAGGAAUACUGGUCCCUCAAUGUACAUGACAACGAUCAUGGCCAAAUCCAAGGCAUCUGUUGUAGUUUUGAUGACAGGUUUCUGAUUACUUGUGGUGAAGAUGGAAACAUUUUUACAUUCAACGUUUUUUCGGAGGAUGUUCAUAAAGAGCUAAAAGCCCAAAUCCCCUCUCCUAGGAGUGGUCUUGAGAAGGAGAAGGCUACUGAAGACAUUGAGAAUCCCAAUGCCUACAACAUUGAGCAAGUCAAGCAGAAAGAGGAGUAUGAACGGAUAAUGAAGGAAGCUGAAGAAAAAAAAAAUAAGAAAAGGGAAGAGUUACUUGCACUGAGGCAUAAGUUUCUUUUUCUUCUUCAAAAGAAUCAAGAGCUGCCCAAGCACAUGCAGCUACAGAGAGAGGAGUAUGAAAUGGAUCAUAGGAUCUUCGAGGAGCUGACGAGGCAGACAGCACAGAGAACCCAGUUGGUGCAAAAAGAGCUGGCUUGGGAGCAUGAGAAAAAUUUGAUUGGACUGCAGAAACUACAAAAUCAGUUUCGGGACUCGCUGGAAUUUGACACAGUUGUUGUUCAUGCUAUUCAAAGCAAUCAUGAGAUUUCCACCUACAGACUUCUAGCAUUGCCUGAGAAAUGCUACCAAGAUAAACAGAUGGGGGAACAAGCACAAGAAAGGGAGAUCGUCACAGAGAAAACACCUCUACACAGGCCAUCCUGGGGGAGUUCCAUUAGUAGGGACUGCGCUGUGCUGCAUGCUAUCUACAUCUUCACGUGAUGAUUUUUUGGUCCAGAUCCUAGAAUUGUUGAGGAGGAGACAGCUGAAAAACUGGAGACAUUAGAGGUCCGAAAGCCAACCAUAAGUUAUAUAGAAAGCAAACAUGAGAAAAUCAAAAGAAGCAUUGAGAAAUCCGACAAGGUGAAAGCUAAGAUCAUGAAGAGGAAGGCAGAGUGGGAUGAAUUAUACAAGAGCAAACCUUCUGAUGACUAUGAGGAUCCCAAAGAUGCUGAGGAAAUCAAAGCAGCACAGGAAAAUAUGGGAUUUUAUGAGCUGAAGACUGCCACUAACUACAGAGUCCCUGAACACAAGCAUAUGAAUGUUGAGAAGAAGAUGAUGCAGCUUACAUCCCUGGAAAUGUUGAUCCAUGAAAAGAAAGCAGAUAUGAACAAAGAGAUCAUGUCUUUGAGGGAUCUCAAGGUUUCUACUAUUGAAGAAAUCAAGUGUUUGGUGCAAGAAUUGGAAUCCAUACAGGCAGCCUUGGAUUUAUCAGAGCGUCUCCCUGUUCCCCCAAUCCCUCAGUUACAUCCAGAUGAGUUUCCUGAAAAAAAAUUUGAGUGUAACAGUGACAUCCUCCUGAAGUUCAAAGAGGAGCAGGAGGCCAAGGCAAAGCUCCAGGAACAACUGGAAGGGUCUUCCUCAUCUCAUGCAUUUGGGCAUGAGUUUCUUCGAGCUCCUUCCAAAGAGGAGGCUGUGGGUGCACACCCACGGAAAACAGCAUCAUCUCAGGUCACAGGGAAGCAAAAGGUUUUUGAGAUUGAGAAGUUAGAGCCAACAGAAAUGGAACUGGAAAAUUUGAAGAGAGAGAAGAUUAAAAAUCUAUAUUUGCAGGAGAUUGUGAUUAAAAAGAUCAAUGCCCUGGUAAUCAAUUUUGAUGCUGAACUUUGCAUUCUGCGGCACAAGAAACUGAAGCUGGAUGUGCAGAUGAAAAACGCUGACCUGCGCUACAUCACAUGGUAUGAAGAGCUGCUUAUCCUGAAGAACCUUGAGAAACAAGAGAACUUUCUCCAGGGGCGUGUUACCACCCUCACCAGUGAGCAGGAGGCCAUGCAGUCAGAAAUGAACAACUACCUUGCACAGAUGGAGGACAGAAAGUGUGAGAUUGCAAAGCUUCAGGCAUGCAAGAAAGCUCUUUAUGCUAGCUUCCAAAUGUCCCUUGGAGAAAACAAUGAGUUUGCCCCUUUUCUGACUGAGGUUCUGGAGAAGAAAACCAAGUACAUGGAAAAAAAAGAAGUAGGAAGAGAAGCAGAUGAAGAUGAUGAGAAUGAAGAGAAGGGAGAAGAGUCCACCUUGGGGACUGAUGAGGAAAAAUCUGGAUCUGAAGAUGAAGUCUUUGAUGACUCUGUGUGCCCAAAGAACUGCAAUGAGGCACUCUUUCGAAACACCAUCCAGCUCCGGCAGAAGCUGGUCGAUAUUAAGGAAGAUUUAGCAGAGGAGAAAAAAGUUGCUGCUAACCUAAGAAAGAAAUAUAAUGCCUUGGCCAAAAAGGCAAAAGUAGUGGAAACCAGUCUGGAAACUGCAGAGAGGGAACUGGAGACCCUUCGCUGGGAAAAGCAGCAGAGAAUGAAUGAGCUAUAUGUAGCUGUGCCUUUGAAACUCCAUCAGGUGGAGUACUUGGUUAAUGGGGAGAUGCCCAGUGACCUCUCCCAGGCUUUGGUGUUUAGCAACCAGACCUUAGAGUAUCUACAGAAGAGAAUUUCAGAGCUACAUGAUGAAAAGAUAAUGCAAAGAGAGAUCUACAAGAAGGCCCAGAAACACUAUAAGCAGCUUGUUCAAGACAAAAAGGAGAUGGAGAUAAAGAUUCAACAACUGGAAAUGAAGUGCAAUGAUCUGAUGGUGAAGAAGUUUGGCCAGCUGGUGGAUUUUGAAGCAGUUCAGACACACUCUGGUAGCAUACGCAUGGAGGAGCUCCAAGUUCAAAUAAUGGAGAAAGAAUAUAUGCACUCCCAGGAGCUCAGGAAGUGGGAGGAAAGAAUCUCAGACCUGCGUCAGCAGCUAAUGAAGCUGACAAAGGAAAACACCAUCAAGCUACAGCAGCUGAACCAGUUUCGCCUUGAAAAGCAGCAACUUGAAACUAAAAUGGCAUCACUGAAAAAUGAUCUGGGGAUAGAAUUUCAGGCCACCCGAACUACUGAUGUCAAAGAGAAAGCCAAGCUGAAGUCACGGCUCAAGCACUUGACUUGUGACACAGCCCUCCUAAGAGAAGAAAUCCAUUUUCUACGGAGAAAAGAUGGAUGCCUCUUUCUACAACCUUCAUCACGUUAG